AUGGCUUACUUGGCAGUUUUCCGGAACUCUCUCUUCAAGUACUUUGAAACAGUAGAAGAGGGUGACUGGGAAGGAUACCUGAGCGCCCUAGACAAAGCAGGCAACACGCUCUUUGAGAUCCUUUUGGUGGGUGGGUUGCUCGCUCCAGGUGGCUCGUACCUGGAAGAUGGAGCACCAAAGAGCCCUUUCUCAGUUCUUGCCGCGAAGUCAUCGGCCUUCGAUGACGUACGUGCAUACGUCGAUGUGAUUGAAAAGAUGAUCCGGCGUUAUAAGUUCUUGCAGAUGCCGCUCGAGGAGUCGACUUUGCCGCGUAUUCUGCAGUACAUUCAUCGCUUUGAAAAAGAACAGGUGGCCAAGUUGGCUGUGGCAACUGCCCUGUCCAUUCAGUCGGGUCUGACAAGUGCUAGCGUUCUUGCACCUCUGCAAAAGGACCAUUUGACUAAGGACGGUUUAUCGCUUUAUUUCAUCACGGAGGUGUUCCGCACCUACCUUCAGAACCAAUCCAUGGAACAUUUGGCCUCGGUGUUGCGUAAGGGAGGCAUUCGUGAUUGGCUAUUGUUCUUCCCUCAAACGAAACGCUCUCAGACAGGGGUAAUUCAAAGUUAUUUCCUCAAUGAUGCAAAGCUGCCGCAAGUUGCUGAAUAUUACAACAAGCGCCAGGUGAAAGAACUCCGCGAACAAACCGCCACAGAUCUCGCCAACAUGGUUCGCACGGAAGAUUCCUCAAUGGAACAAAUGCUUGCUAUGCUCAAAGAACGUUUUGAUAAGCUUGAACAGCCACCAGAGGAGUUCAUUCCUGUCGUAUGGGAGGGUCUUACGCGCGGCAUUGAUGCCGAUACGAAACAAGAUCAGGUGGAGUUGAUCCUGCCAAAGGAGAUUGAACGCUUUGCCGCCAUUCUUGAGCCAUGGGCAUCCACAGCGCGCGCUGAAAUUAAUCUGAUUAACCUGAUCCAGCUUCACUGCUACACAGACACGCGUGUAUUUAAAACGUUCCCGCAAUUACUUAAAGUCCUUUACAAUGAGAAUGUCAUUUCUGAUGGUGCGAUCGUGUAUUGGGCCCAAAAAGGUGCAAAGCCACAAGGUAAACAGCACUUCCUUAAGCUUGCAGAACCAUUAGUCAAAUUCUUGGAAAGCCAAGAAAGCGAAGAUGAGGACGACGAAGAUGAUGAGUAG